UUCAAUGAUGUUUUUCAUUAAUAUCACAAGAUAUUUUCAUUUUCAUUUUUGAUUAUACCGCACAUUUUCGGAACUAUGACAGCAGACUGAACUAUGAUAAUAAUAGUAAUCAAAUAAUGCAAAAGUUUUAGUUAGCCAUCGAGGUUAUAUGAGAUUUGAGGUCAACAAACAUAUGUAGUGAUCCAAUAUACUACUUAUAAUUUUCAAAUUAUCAAUACAUAAUGGGUGUUCCGAAGUUCUUUAGAUAUACCAGUGAGAGGUACCCCUGUCUUAAUGAAUUGGUGAAGCAAUAUCAGAUACCUGAUUUUGACAAUAUGUAUCUGGACAUGAAUGGAAUUAUUCACAACUGCUCCCAUCCUGAUGACUCCAAUCCACACUUUCGUAUCACUGAAGAGAAGAUAUUUAAGGACAUAUUUCAUUACCUUGGAACUCUGUUCCAAAUCAUCAAGCCAAAGAAACUGUUCUUUAUGGCUAUUGAUGGAGUGGCUCCCAGAGCAAAAAUGAACCAACAGAGAGGUAGAAGAUUUAGGUCUGCUCGUGAGGCAGAAAAAUUAGAAGAGGAAGCCAUUGCUAAAGGUGAGGUCUUGCCAAAGGAAAAACGGUUUGAUAGCAACUGCAUUACACCAGGAACAGUAUUUAUGGCCCGUUUACAUGAGCAACUGAAAUACUUUGUUAAACUUAAGAUGUCUACAGAUCCCCUCUGGUCUAAAGUAAAAGUUAUUCUCUCUGGACAUGAGACACCAGGAGAGGGUGAACAUAAAAUCAUGGACUACAUACGGUGGGCGCGCUCGCAACCUGAUUACGACCCUAACACUCGGCAUUGUCUAUAUGGACUGGACGCCGAUCUCAUCAUGUUGGGCAUGUGUACCCAUGAGCCACACUUUGCUCUGUUGAGAGAAGAGGUUAAAUUUGGGAAGACCACACAGCGAGCUACUUCGCCUGAAGAAACGAACUUCUACCUUCUCCAUCUGUCACUACUUAGGGAAUAUCUAGAACAAGAGUUCAUAUCAAUUAAGAACAACCUGCCUUUCGAGUAUGAUAUAGAGAAAAUAGUUGAUGACUGGGUACUUAUGGGAUUUUUAGUGGGCAAUGACUUUAUACCACAUUUGCCUCACAUGCAUAUUAGUAAUGAUGCUCUGCCACUCUUAUAUAAGACAUAUAUGACUGUAUUGCCGACUUUAGAUGGCUACAUCAAUGAAGCGGGUGAUCUAAACUUGAAAAGAUUCGAGAUAUUCAUGCAAGAGUUAGCCAAAAUCGACAAGGAGAAAUUUCAGGAUGUAUAUACAGAUAUCAAAUAUUUUGAGGGUAAAACCGGCAGGAGGCCCAAUGCUAUGGAGCGACGGGAGUAUAAACCUAAUAAUGACGAAACAUUCAAUGUGAAUAUUGAAGAUAUAAAAUCAAAGCCUGAUGAUGAAUUACAAGCACUUAUCAAUGCUACGGAGGAUAUGUUCAUGGACGAUGGAGACGAUGAGGAAUAUGAGGAGACAAGUGACGAGGAAGCGAAUAUGGAAAUUGAAUUCAGAUUACACAAAAGGGAUUAUUAUAUGAACAAAUUGGAUUACUCCAAAGUUACUGAAGAGGUUUUAGCAGACCAAGCCGAGGGCUAUGUUAGGGCCAUUCAGUGGAAUUUGUUUUACUAUUACAAGGGUUGUCCAUCUUGGUGCUGGUACUAUCCACACCAUUACGCGCCCUACAUAUCGGAUAUUAAAGGUUUUAAAGACUCGAAGAUUGAAUUUGAAUUAGGAGAACCAUUCAAACCAUUUGAGCAGUUGCUGGCAGUGUUGCCAUCGGCCAGCAAGCACUUGUUGCCGACGCCAUUCCACGAUCUGAUGACGGACGAGGACUCUCCCAUCGUGCACUACUAUCCGAUUAAUUUCGAGACCGAUCUUAACGGGAAGCGGAAUGAUUGGGAGGCCGUUGUACUUAUACCGUUCAUUGACGAGACCAACUUACUGUCGGCCAUGGGCCCCUGCUACCAACGAUUGACCGACGAAGAGCUGAAACGGAACACGCAUGGACCUAUGCUCGUGUACAACUGGACAUCGGAAAGUCUAGGCAUAGCAGAAGCGCCUGAAUAUUUUCCGCCUGUGACGCCUAAUCACGCGACCGAGAAACUCGUUUGGCGGCAAGAGCUCGUGGUACCCGAAGACCAGCUCCGGCAUGGAAUGCUGCCCAACGCUAAGAGGGAUAUGGUUUACCCAGGCUUCCCCACCAUGAGGCACCUCAAGUAUAAGACGUCUCUUAAAAAAUGCAAAGUCAAAGUGUUUGAUCAACCGUCUCGCAACGAAAACAUGAUUAUUGAGUUAACUCCAGACGAGCCUCUUGAAAAAUCAUUGGAAAAAGUGGCCGAUGAUUACUUAGGCAAAGUAAUAUGGGUUGGAUGGCCACAUCUUACGCGGGCAAAAGUAAUAGCGGUAUCUGAUGAGUCCAAACGGUUGCAUUAUGUAGACAAACAAAACAACAACGUGGGCGCACCGAAUUAUACUACGGAGCGCAACCAGGGCAACCUUCGCUCUCAGUGGCUCUCAGAGCAGUCUACCAUUGUCGAACAUAAUAUGAAUCGUCUGGGUAUUGAAUUGGGAGAUGUGAAAAUCAUUCUACAUGCGGUAAAUCUCAAGGGUUUCAAAUACCUGAUUCAAGACAACAGCCGGAUGGUGUUAGAGCCGAUGUGGUGUUCAGUAGCGUGCGGGUACGCACUACAGACUGGUGUGAGGUUGCCGGCUGAGUUGCAAGCCGCGCCCGUCCGGUACCGCACCCCGCAGGAGGCGUACCCGGCCGGCGACCACGUGUUCCUGCUCACCCCGGGACAGUACUACGGCUGCCUGGCCACGGUGGUGGACUCCGAGUCGAUCCGUAACGGGCGCAUCAAGGUGCAGGUGGUGGAGCGCGCGGAGCCGGUGCCGCAGCUGCCGCCCGCCGCCGCCGCGCCCUACAAGACCACGCACCACGCCGCCGCCGCCUGCGGGCUAUCGACACAAAUGUUGUCAAGAAUCACGGGCACCAUACUCGUGGUGAAUGGCGAGCGAAAUGACCUGCCAACGGAAACUAUGAACAAGAUCAAUAUUGGACUCAAUCUCAAGUUUAACAAGAAGAACCAAGAGGUGGCCGGCUACACGCGCCGUUGUAACGUGGCGAAGGCGUGGCUGUACUCGGAUAAAUGCAUCGAACUGGUCAAGUCGUACGCGCAGAACUUCCCCGAUCUGUUCAACCGGCUCGCAAUAUCUCAAAACCGCGACGUGUUCUUUGAAGGAGAUCUCUGGCCAGGCGAAAUUGGCAAGAAUAAAGGGCAAGAAGUGUCGGCGUGGUUGAAGCAGCAGCCGCACGCAGCGGCGCCGCGCCGCACGUGCGGCUCAGAGGUGCUGGAGCCCGCUGAGCUGCGAGCGCUGCACGACGCGCUGCAAGCGCAGCUGCAGCGGCUCAACGACGCCGACAAGCGCGUCACGCUGCACGUCAAGUGGUCGCUCCUCUACAAGCCGGAGCUGCACGAGGGCAACAUCCCGCCGGACCCGUCGGCGGACUUCCGCGUGCUGGACCGCGUGGUGUGCGCGGGGGGUGCGGGGGGCGCGGGCGGUGCGGGGGGCGCGGGUCCGGGGCGCGGCGCGCGCGGCACGGUGGUGGGCGCGCACCCGCCCGCCGACCACAACACCGUGCGGCUGUCCGACCGCCUCAACGACGUGCCCACCUACCUCAUCAUGUUCGACGAACCGUUCGCCGGCGGCAUGACCGAGGAGCUCUUCGACGAGCCCAGGUUUUAUAGAAUGCGACCAACCAACUUGUUGAAUAUAUCGUAUGGUCGUAAACUGCGCGUCCCAAAUGGCGCCAAUGCGAAAUACGAAGAGUUCAACUUCAAUCGGACGCCGACCUUGCUGCGGAAGGAAGAUGGACAUCACUCCGCCUUUGCGAGCUAUAGUCCGCCUGGCGAUAUCGCUCGUAAUAGCACCCCGUCUGCAACAGCAAAAGUGGAAAAUAGCCAAUCGCAAGACGCUACGCAUCUAUUGAGAAGCUUGUUAAAAAUCAGCGACAGUGGAUCUGAAGUGAAGAUAGAUAAAAAGCCACAAAAUAUACCUGAGGAUAACUGGCGGCAGAAAAAUGAGAACAACAUGCAAGUUCCCCCGCCACAGAGGGGACCGCAACAACAAAACUGGCGUAAAGAGAACAACGCAGCGCAGAAUAGCAAGACGCCACAGCAGCACUAUGGCAAUGAAUGGACCAAUAGUAAUUUCAAGAACCAAAUGCCCGUGCCGCCGUACCCGACAUUUGGCCAACCAUUCCACGGCCCCGGUCCCAAUCAGAUUCCGUUCCCCCAGUUCCUGAACCCUCACCAGCGGCACGGCUUCCAUGGCACCCAGGACAACCAGCGUAACCAGAACCAGUUCAACAAGACCCAUCAGAACCCACAAGGAUUCCCUAAACAUCUGCCUAGUGUUAGCAACGCGCAUGCGUCAUUGGUACCCAAUUGGGCAGUUGGCCAGAAUUCAACAGCGACAGGAAAUCAACAGAAACCGAAUAAUAGUGCUAAUACAGUGCACCAUAAUAGUGAGAGAUUAAGCAAUCCAUUUGUACCGCUUCAAGUUCAAACGAGUCAGAGGAGAAUACAAAACAGCGGCUCGUCGUCGUCAAAUAGGAAAGAGGAGUCGCAGGCGCCGAAAUCUGUAUUGCCAAGACCACAGCCGGCCAAUCGAACGACUCAGCAGCAGCACCAGAAUACGUCGCGGCCUAUAAAAAAGAAAAAGCCAAGAAUAGCGGCUAACCUGCCCUUCCAAACGGACUAGACUAGUUUUCAUAUCAUACACAAAAUGUGUUGCCAAUAAAAGACAAACAUUGGAUUUCCAGCGAGUGAGUAUAAAAUAUAAUGCAUAAAAAAAGAGGAAACAACUUAGUUAAGAAGUGAAAAAAUUGUAAAACAUGUACAUAUGUUUAUGGAAUGUUUGAGAUCUGUAUUUGACUAUAAUUGUGAUUAAAAUCAAAUGUACACAAUAAGGUUAAUAUUAAACAGUACAGUUCCUCAUACUUAUUAAUGGUAUAUUUCCUCUAUUAUUUAUUUUCGAAGUCUAAUAAAUAUAAACUUUUAUCAACUAAUUUGAGAUCAAUGAAGAUUAAUUUAUAAGAAAUUACUGCAAUCUCCUGAAUUAGAGGUUCAGUCCAUACUGGUCAACUACAUACAUCCUUUUAUUAUAGUUAUUAAACAAGUAAUAAGAACGUUUUUAACUAUAACACUAUAUUGCUUGUAGCUGGCCAGUGAAAAAGUUUCCUAAGAAGUUUAUAAAAAAAAAUAUAUUGAAUUGGAAAUUUCUGUUUUAUUUCUUAAAAUCAUAAUAAUUUAUUUGCCUAUUUUUAUUAUUCUGUAUACCUCUAAUUCAGAGAAUUGUAUACACUCUUACUUUCCUAAGAUAUUGUACAUAGUGGAUAUAUGUGAAACUUUUGUGAUAGUAUAUGAAUGUUAAGUGUGUAUACGUACAUAAUAAUGUGUCUUUAGUGAAUGCAAAAAGUUUAUUUAUUAUUAUUUUAUUUUUAUAAUGCUAAAUUACAAUUAUGAGUUGUCAUAAUAACGAAAUUAAAUACAUGUAUAUGUAAUGUAUGCCUCGUUUCUUAUAGACAGUAAAGAGCCAGAAAAGGUUAGAAGUUACUUUACAAUAAGUGAAGUAAUAAUAUCCGAAAUGUCGUUAAGAAAUAUUCUUCUCAAUCGGUUGUAUAUUUUUAUUUUUUUGCAAUUUUAUUGGAAUGUAUGACGUA